GAACUUGUGGCCUUGUCACGGAAGCUUACAGCGCGCCUGCCAAUUACAGAAAAGGCUGGACCUAUCGGUCGACCCUCUGUCUGGGCAGAUGGGCGCCAAGCUCUGUGCGAGACGGUGCCGUAUUUCAAGACGCCACAAGGAGGAUGUCAUCAGAACGAUGGCCACGUAUACGCCUUCUAUUUCGACAGCGUAGGUCACUGCCGCGAGUAUAUGGACACGGAUGUAAUUAUAGCACGUUCUGGUGGAGGCAUGGAAAUGGAUAAAGACCGGAAUCUCCUCCAGAGCCGUGAUCACGAGUACCAGGGCAAGAGCAAGCAAUCGAAAAGUCAGGUAGAGGCCGUGCUGAACAACAUCAGACAUGAGAAUCCGAUCGUCAUCAUCUGCGGUGACAGGAAUGAAGGCGCAAUAUGCAGAAUGCCCCACAAGUUUUGUGUGCUUGGCUGGUACAAGCCGAUCGCUGUCUGGACGGAGAAGACUCUAGGCAAAGGAGGCCGAGCAUUUCGAACAAUCAAAUACCGAUUCGAGCGAUUGGGAUCGAAGGAUGCUUGGUUUGCUCCCAAGGAAGGAGUUUCAUUGACUGGAGAAUAUUAUCAGCUGGCUGGGCCAUUGACGUACGCCUCGUGCGCCCGAUGUCGAAAGCAGCAUCCGCAAAUGUACCUUGAAGGCUGGAUGUGCUUGACUUAUGAUUGCGAGUCCCUUUGGAAGGUGGAUGGUAAGCGCGAUGCAGCAUAUGGUCGACUCGAAUACAAUCCAGCUUACCUCUUGCAACGUACUCCAUGGUCAGAUGAGCAAGAACCAUAUGAUGUUCGUGUGCCUAUACCGGACGUGGGAAAUUAUAUUGGCGACAACCUUUCAUAUAUCAACACACGCGGCAUCUGCUGUCCCAAAUGUGGCAAAUGUAAUUCUCGUCGAUAUUUCAAGGGCUGGAAGUGUGAAAACCGUGAGUGCGAUUGGGAGAGAUUUCCAAAACAUUUCCCAGUCCGGCCUGCCCAAUUACAUAGUCCAUGGGAUACCUUUGGAGAUGGUCCAUCUCUUGGCCGCAACACCUUCGACGAGGCCAACGUCAAGCUUGCAAUUGAGCACUACCACGGCAUGAAAAUAUACCGAUAUACAUUCAAUGGAGUUGAGGGCAGUCUAACGCAUAUCACGUCGAACGCCAGGCUCAACGCGGCCGCGAACGGACCGAAUGACAUGCUGGCAGCGUUACAACAGCAAGAUGAUCCCGAAUUGGAGCUGCCUUUGGAGCGGCGAAUUUUCGCUGGCACAGGCGGAGAUUUCAUGAGCUCAUACUCGAUCAAUUACGGCAUGCCAUACAAGUUCAUCGCGAGCGGCUCCAGUCUGCCUUUCGAAAAGGCCCCAUGGCCAGUAAGAUCUGCUCGAGCUGAUCUCAACUGGGCGUCGCAAAAUAUCUUGGGUCAAGAGGGCCAUAUAGAUUUCAACGAGCAACUCAUCUUUGCCUACCUUGAAAAGCAGAAGCUUGAAUAUCAUGACGAUGGCGAGAAGGGUCUCGGGCCACGCAUUGCAACCUUAUCACUAGGCGCAUCAGCCAGGAUGCAUCUGAGGAUGAAGCACAAACAUUUCGUUGGUUGUUCCAAGACCGGGAUCUUCACCAGCGACAAGCCUAUCCCUGGAUGCAAGGGUGGCGAUGCAGCAUAUCAUCAGCGUCUCGAAGCCUGGCAUGCAUUGGAACAACUCCGCGAGAGCGAUCGUGCGCAAUACAUCCGACGACAGAAAGAGAUUCCGCACGAACUUGGGAUGUACCAAGAUCGCAACAAAGUCCGAGCGGGCGGCGAUCUCGUCGUCCUUACUCUGAAUCAUGGAGACAUGGUCCUGAUGGAAGGUCGUCAGAUCCAGCAAUAUUUCGAACACAAGGUGCAGUCGGAGGGCUAUUUACGAUUCGCCUUGACGUGUCGCACUGUGCUUGGUGACCACUUGAAGCCAGACGAGAUGCCAGCCUUUGAGGUUUCGCCUGAC